CGGAGUGCAGCGGUCGGCCGAAGAUAGGAAAAUAGGCGUAGUGCAAACUGUGAACUAAAAAUGCUACCAAAGAUUGCCUUGAAACUCCUUCUGCUGGCCCUUGUGGCGCUGCAGCUUUUGGAGAUUGGCGCUGGAUACCGGAUACUGGCUCCCAUCUUCUUUCUCGGCGAGAGUCACUUCAUGAUGAUAAACUCCAUUAUCAAAGAACUGGUGCAGCGUGGACACGAGGUGACCUUCGUCACGCCUUUCUCAUUGGCCAAGGAGAACUUGGGUUCCAAUUAUACGGAGGUCCUAAUUCCACAAUACAACAUUUGGAGCGCAGGCAAGUCUAUUGAAGUAAACAAGAGCUUAAACAGCUUUUGUCUGUCACUUGCAGUUAUGAAUAUGAACAAAGCCAAGGCAGCGGUUGACAUGAGAGACUUGGACACGGUUACAUUCCUCAGGAUGGCCCAUGUCAUCGGCUUGGGUAGCACGGACUUUGCGUUCGAGCAGAAGGAAGUGCUGAAUUUGAUCAAUGCCAAAGACAAGUUGGGCAAAUAUGAUUUGCUUCUCACGGAGCAGUUCUUUAAUGAGGGCGCCCUCUUCCUGGGCUAUCUGUAUCAAAUACCUAUUAUUACCAUAACAUCCUUUGGCUUCUCCAACUAUUUCUCUUCCUUGACGGGCAUUAUAAAUCCCUGGUCAUACGUAGCUCACGGCUGGAAGCCCUACAGAGAUCGCAUGUCCUUUUUCGAACGAGUUGACAACGUUUACAGUUCGCUUGUAGAGGACGCGUUGCGCACCUUCUGGUACGAUCCGGCACUUAAUGAUAUUUUACAGAAACACUUCUCCAAUCAUUUCAAGGAGCUGCCAACCAUUAAGCAACUGGAGCGUAACAUCUCAGCCAUCCUUCUGAACACCUAUUUGCCUUUGGAGCCGCCUAGGCCCGUUUCAUUCAAUAUGGUUUCAGUGGGUGGCCUUCACAUUAGGUCAGCGAAACCCUUGCCCACAAACAUGCAAAAGUUUUUGGGUCAGGCUAACCAUGGAGCAAUUUAUGUUAGCCUAGGUUGCCAAGUGCCCAGCGCAGCAUUUCCGCCUGAAAAGCUAAUCAUGUUUCUCGGUGUGUUUGGAAGCCUGAAGCAACGCGUCCUGUGGCAAUUCGAAUAUGACAAGUUACCCAAUCUGCCAGCUAAUGUGAUGGUCCAAAAGUCGAUGCCCCAUACCGAUAUACUUGCUCAUCCUAAUGUCAAGGUUUUCAUCUUCCACGGUGGACUUUUCGGCUUUCAGGAGGCGGUGCAUUACGGCGUUCCCGUAUUGGGCAUGCCCGCCUUCCCCGACCAGCACUUGAAUGUUAAGAAGGGCAUAGCUGCUGGUUAUGCCCUUGAAGUCAACUAUCUCACAGUUACAAAGGAGGAGCUGCAGUCUUCUCUUACAGAGCUGCUGGAGAAUCCUAAGUACAGGGAUAACAUGAGGCGUGCCUCGCGCAUCUUCCGCGAUCGACCGCUGAGUGCGAUGGAUACGGCCAUGUUCUGGAUCGAUUAUGUAAUUAAACACCGUGGAGCACCGCAUAUGGUAUCUGCGGGUCUGGACCUGGCUUGGUAUCAGUUUUACCUGUUGGACAUCAUUGGCAUUGCCUUGGCAAUUAUACUGUUGCCCAUUUUGGGUUUGCUCCUCAUUUGUCGCAAUUAUAACUCUGCGAAGAAGCCCAAAUCAAAGGCAAAGCAAAACUAACAAAGUCCUAAUUUAUGUCGAUAACUCAUAAUGAUAAGCAAUAUUGUGUUAAUAAGUUUGAAUACAUUUUUUAAAUGUUUUUAAAUUCGAAACGUUGGUGUUUUCAGUCGGUUAACAUUCUGCCUCACACUCCCCUUUUCUCCUUCUCUUAUUUCCUCUUCUUAGACUCUAAAACUAGACACAAACUAAACUAGAGACAAACACUAUUUGCAUGAUAAAUAGUUUAUAAUAGAAGAAUUGAUACGAGAAAAUGAAGACUUCUCACAAAAUACCCUGUGAUGAAUAAGGGAGGUAUCCAAAAAGUAUCCAGCGCAGACAUUUCGCCCGAAAUGCUCAGGAUAUUCUUUAAUUUGUUUAAGUGGAUGCCCCUCCUCCUUGGUCAUUCAAAUGUCAAGGUUUUCAUUUCCCACUGUGGUCUCUUCGGGACUCCGUUCCCAUGCUCGGCAUGCCCGCCUAUGCCGACCAGUAAUUGAAUAUUAAGAAGGGUACAAUAUCUGGCUACACCCGGGCGUGGACUACUGUACGUUUACGGAGGAGGCACUACGCUAUUCCCUCAAAGAGCUGCUGGAGAAUCCUAAGUGCUGGGCAAACAUGAAAAGUGCCUAACGCAUCUUUCGCGAUCGUCCGCUGAGUGCGCUGGAUACGUCCAUGUUCUGGAUCGACUAUCUCAUUGAACACCGUGGAGCACCGCAUAUGAUAUCUGCGGGUCUGGACCUGGCCUGGUAUCAACUUUAACUGCUGGACAUCCUUGACAUUGCCUUGGCAAUAGUUGUGUUGCCCGUUUUGGGUCUGCUCCUAGUCUGUCGCAAUUUCAACUCUGCGAAUAAGCCUAAAACAAAGUCGAAACGAAGCUAGGAAAUUCUAGAUUUUUUUGUAACUCAAAACGUUUUAUUGAUAAUCAAAAGUGUGCCACAAAUAUAAUGUUAAGUUGUUUGAAUAAAUUUAUAGUUGUUUUCUUAGAGUUUUUAAUACAAUUUUGAGUGUUCAGUAAACAUAGACAAA